AUGUCGGAGGCCUUCAGCAGCGCCGUCCGCCUCGGGGGCCUCGACGACUACCUCAGCCCCGCCCAGGAAUGUGUGCUGCCGCUGCUGCAGCAGAGCAGCAGCACGGAGAGCCCGAGGGGCAGCAGGGACGCAGCAGCAGCUGCCAGUGACCCUGCUGCUGCUGCUGCUGCUGCUGCUGCUGCGGGCGCGGUGGCGGCCCGGCCCCGCCGCCGCAGAGCCCAGCAGCGAACAGCAGCAGCAGCAGCAAGCGAAGAGGCCGCAGCAGCAAGUGGAGAGGCAGCAGCGGCAGGGAGAAAGGCAGCAGCAGCUCCGGACGCUUCGCAAGCUGCAGCGGGAGCAGCAGCAGGAGCAGCAGCAGCAGCUGCUGCUGCUGCAGACAGCUCUCCUCCCUUGCCCUCGGCCGCAACUGCUGCAGCCGGCGCAGCGGCUGCAGCCGCCGCAGCAGCAGGCGGCGCAGCAGCCCCCGCAGCAGCAGCAGCAGCAGCAGCAGCAGCAGCGCCGCGAGCUGCUGAGGGCCUCACCCGCGUGGGCAAAAUUUCUCUCUCGGACUGCCUCAGCUGCAGCGGCUGCUUAACUGCAGCAGAAGAUAUUCUUUUGAGGCAUCAGUCAGCAGAGCAGUUCUUGCUGCUGUCGCGCAGGGCCCCCUGGGGUGUACGUACCCCCCAGCCCGACGCAGCAGCAGCAGCAGCAGGUGCGGCAGGUGCAGCAGCAGACGCAGCAGCAGAUGCAGCAGGCGCCGCAGCAGAUGCAGCAGGCGCAGCAGUUGGCGCGGCAGCAGGUGCAGCAGCAGAUGCAGCAGCAGAUGCAGCAGCUGCAGCAGCAGGUGCAGCAGCAGUCCGUUGCUGCAGUGGCGCAGCACUUCGGCUGCUCCGCAGCAGCUGCUGCUGGGCGGCUGUCUUUUCUCUUUCGGCUGCUGGGCGCAGACUUUGUCUUCUCAGCAGCAGCAGCAGAAGCUUUGACUCUCUUGGAGGCCCACAAGGAGCUCGCUGGCAGACUCCGCAGCCACCAGGCCCUCCUGGAGAAACGCAGAGCAGCAGCAGCAGCAGCAGCAGCAGCAGGGGCUGCAGCAGAAGCUGCAGCAGGGGCUGCAGCAGAAGCUGCAGCAGGGGCUGCAGCGGGGGCUGCAGCAGCGCCAGCAGCAGCAGCAGGUGCUGCAGCAGAAGCUGCAGCAGAAGCUGCAGCAGGGGCUGCAGCGGGGGCUGCAGCAGCGGCAGCAGCAGCAGCAGCAGCACCAGCUGCAGCACCAGCAGCAGCAGCACCAGCAGCAGCAGCAGGAGCAGCAGCAGGAGCAGCAGCAGCUGGCCUGGAGCUGCUGCUGCCGAGCUCCGGGCCGCUGCCGCUGCUGACUUCGUUUUGCCCAGGCCUUGUGCUCUACGCAGAAAAGAGUCUGCAGCAGCAGCUGCUGCUGCUGCUGUCUCGAGUCCGCAGCGCGCAGCAAAUCCAGGGGCUGCUGUGCAAGUCGGCCUUCAGGGGGGCCCUGGAAGCAGCUUCCUUCGCGCUGGCCCUCAAGGCCUACGCCUGGCGCGGCGGCGCUGCUGCUGCUGCUGCUGCUGCUGCUGCUGCGCAGCAGCAGCAGCAGCAGCAGCAGCAGCGAGAAGGGCGGCGGCAGCGCGCGGCUGGGGAAGGCGGCAAAGGAUAUGCGAUGUGGCAGCUGCUGCGGCUGCUGCUGCGCAGGUCGCCCUACGGCUGCUACUUGGAAGACGCGACAGAAGGUGCAGCAGCAGCAGCAGCAGCAGCAGCAGCAGCGGGGGAUGGAGCAGCGGCUGCUGCGCCUGCAGCAGCAGCAGCAGCAGCAGCAGCAGGCGGGCUGAGGCCCGGGGACAUUCUGCACGUGUGCAUGAUGCCCUGCUUCGACAAGAAGCUGGAGGCGGCGCGGCCCGAGUUCCAGCGCUCCCAGCAGCAGCAGCAGCAGCAGCAGCAGCAGCAGCAGCAGCAGCAGGAGGGCGGAGACGCGUUUUGCUUCGCAGAGUCCAGCCUGGCCUUCGGCUGCUGCUGCAGCCCGUGGGCUGA